UGCAUUGCUAAAGAGGGGGGGGGAGCAGAAGAGGAAGAGGAAGAGGAGGAGGGGCAGACACUGGAGGAAAUGUUGCCUCUUCCAAUGAACAUUUUCUCCUCUUGCUGGCCCCAGCCUGCUGCAGCUCACCUCUGAAACUCAUGCAUGACACACGUUAAGUUUUAGGUUCUCCAGCUCAUUCGGCCCGAGCCUCAUCGAUGGCUCAGCAGACCCCAGACCAGAGGGAGGACGUCUACGUCGACUAUGAGACACACUACAGACUGAGGGACAUCACCACCUCCACAUAAAUACAUUGCGCUGUGAAAACGGUUACACUUGAACAUGGCUUUAACCGCAGCUAAAACAACUACAAGCUUUUUCUCCACAUCUGCCAAGACCACCACAAUCCCAUUCCUCUCCGUGGGCACGAGCGCCAGAGACAAUAUCACCUCCAGGACUACGUUAAUGACUGUUACCAUAACGACAAACGAGACCAGCUUCAAUGCCACCACGUUUCCGGAGGUGGUGAUCGAGGGCUCGGGAAUGGGAAUGGUUCUUGUUCCCUUCGGCAUCAUCACUGUUAUUGGCUUAGCAGUGGCAAUAUUGCUGUAUAUCCGGAAAAGGAAGCGGCUGGAGAAGCUGAGGCACCAGCUCAUGCCCAUGUACAACUUUGACCCAGCUGAAGAGCAAGAUGAUCUGCUGGAACAAGAGCUACUGGACCACGGGCGGGAAGGCAGCCUCACAGGUCCCAACGCCAAGUUUUGACAAAGGGGUAACGGUAAAAGACAAACAUGACUCUCACCACCUCCCAGGGGACCACGCAGAGGCCCAGUCGUCUGGUCUUCACAGAUGUAGCCAAAGCGCUCAACGCUUGACAGCUCUCUUCCAUUGGUUCGCCUCAGUGUUCAGGGCCCACUGCCGGCCCCCACUGAAAUACAGACUGUCGCUCAGGAGGGGAAACAGAGGGAAGAACUGGACUGUUUUCAUGGGAACAACUGGAACUUUCGGGAAAACAUUUUUAAUCACGAUGACUUGUCACUGUGCAAAACGGCGAAGCGGUUUCCAGUGGGCUGGAAAGAGAGCAGAGGAUGUCGGGUGCAUGUUUGUGUGUAAGGCAGCGUAAAAGGGAAGCGUCACACGUGAUCUUGCACUGUUUCCAUUUGGCACACAGACGCAGUGUGGUGCACUUUUCCUAAAUUCUUGUUGUGUCACUGUUGUUGAAACGUUUGGUAGCUCGUCAGCGAAGUUCCUCGGAGCUUCGAAAUCUUCUUCCAUGUUUGAUGUGAGAGGAGUGUGUAUUUGUGCUAUUCUGAUUUUUCGUGGUCUUACAUCUCCGACUAGCUCGGACGCUAGAUGUGUCACCAUCCCCCGAGUGAACUGACCCUCUCCAUUUAGUUUCGUCUUUAUAGAGCAAUGAAGGACUGAUUCUGUCUGUAUGCAUUAAAACUAUUUAAACCAA